AUGUCGCCAGAACUCACGCCAGACGGCGCGGUAUCGGCUCUCGGCACGGCGGCGUCGCAGGAGAACGCGGAGGAGUGCGCGGCAGUGCUGGCGCGGCUGGGCCGGUCCGCGGACAGCCUCCCCCCGGACCUGGCGGACGCGAUUGCGCGCGGGCGCGUGCCCGGGGAGGUGGUGGAGCGGUACGCGGAGAUGGAGAACACAGUGGUGCUGGGGUAUUUGCUGCGGUUCGGCGGGUUUAAGGAGCGGUUGCUGGCAGACGAUCUGUUCAUGACCAAGGUCGCGAUCGAGUGCGGCAUUGGCAUCUGCACCAAGACCUCGGCGGAGUUGGAGAGGCGGCGAGCGGCCUUCUUCCCCGAGUUCGACUUCGUCAUUGCUGACGUGAUCAUGGCGCUGAUAGCGGACUUCAUGCUCGUGUGGCUGCCCGCGCCCACUAUCCCUCUGCACCCCGCGCUCGCCAAGGAGGCCACCGCCCUGCAGAAGUUUCUCGACACCUGCCCUGAUAACGCGUUCCAGGUGCCUGUGCGUGGCACUGAGUACACUCUCCUGCAGCGAUUCAUGGCUGUGCUGAGGAACGGAGCAAAGCUCAUGGUUGUCGGGACAACCGCAUCCCUGUUUGGCUGUGGCAUGACCAACGCGCUCCAAUGGGUGCGCAGGGAGCUUGCUGCUCCCCCGCCCGCUGCUGCUGCAGCCACAAUCCCCUCCCUUGACCUCACCGCUGCUGCCUCUUUCCCUCUCGACUCUUCGGCUGAACUGGCUGCUACCCUAAACCCUGCUGCUGCCAUUGACGCCGCCACGACUGCUGCGUUGGUAUUGGACCCGUCGGUCGCUGCUGAUGUGGCAGCUGCUGUGUCGGCGUCGGCUGCUGAUGUGGCAGCUGCGCUGGCCACGGCUGCUGAGGUGGCAACCGCAGCUGCGGGGACCAUUCCACCGGAUCUGGAGGUGCCUAUUCUCGCUACAAGCUUGGCCUAUGGGUCCUAUGCAGCGAUUUCUGCAAACCUAAGCUACCUCGUCAAGCUUCUGCUGGAUCGCGGGUAUAAUGUUCGCGGAACAGUUAGGGACGCGACCAAUGAGGACAAGACGUCAUGGAUUCGCGAUCUCGCAGAGGGCACUCCAGGCAAACUUGAGCUCUUUUCAGCCGACCUGGGCAAGCCUGGGAGCUUCGACGAGGCCGUUGAAGGAUGCGAGUUUGUGUGUCAUGUUGCCUCUCUUGUUCGGCUUAGUGUGCCGAAUCCGCAGACUGUUGUGGAUGCAGCUUUGGAGGGCACGAAAAAUGUGUUCUCUUCCAUCCUCAAGCACAAAACUGCCAAGUAA